UGGGCGGUGCAUCUACACCGUACACCGACACCGCGGCGGGUACGCGUACCGUUCCGUGCACCACGAAAAUAUUAAAUAAUAUGGUCGGACAGCCGUGUUUUGUAUAUUUACGUUUUCGCUGAUCCGAGAUUAUUCACUGUUUUUGUUGUUUUUGUUUUUUUUUUUUUCUUCCCGAUUUGUCGCGUUCCAGCCAGUCCACCAGCCAUCCAACCAGCCACCAUUCGGCCCGCGUUUUACCCGUUCGAUCGACGCCGCGCCGAAACGGCCUCCCGAUAGCGCAACGUCCGCCACAGCCUUAGCCGCCGCCGCCGCUGCCGGAGCCCCGUACACCGUAUUCCGCCAACUUAAGCGCCCCAGGAGCCGUGCGCUAAUCUCCAGCAGCGCCAUGGUCCUGAUCAAGGAGUAUCGAAUUUGUAUGCCGUUGACCGUCGACGAGAAUAUAAAAAGAACAUAAUGUUGUUGAACACUGAACGUACAGAUAAAAUGGAGGUAAAGCUAGAAGUUGUGCCUUCAACUCCAGUAUUAAAAUGGAAGAAAAUUCUUGAUCCCAUUGGACCUCAACCGAGGCCUCGACAUGGGCACAGAGCAGUUGCUAUUAAAGAUCUUUUAAUUGUUUUUGGUGGCGGAAAUGAGGGAAUAGUAGACGAAUUACAUGUUUACAAUGCAGCCAAUAACCAAUGGUUUAUACCUCAGACUUCUGGUGAUAUACCACCUGGGUGUGCUGCAUAUGGUUUAGUUGUUGAUAAUACUAGAUUACUAAUUUUUGGAGGUAUGGUUGAGUAUGGAAAAUAUUCAAAUGAACUUUAUGAACUUCAAGCAAGUCGAUGGCAUUGGAGUAAACUUCAACCUAGACCUCCUCUUUAUCAUAUGUCACCUUGUCCACGACUUGGUCAUAGUUUCACAUUGAUAGGUAAUAAAGUUUACCUAUUUGGAGGAUUAGCUAAUGAUAGCAAUGACCCAAAAAAUAAUAUACCACGUUAUUUAAAUGAUCUAUAUACAUUAGAUAUAUCUUCACCUGACGCCUUAGCCUGGGAUAUACCAGAAACCGUAGGUGAUUUUCCACCUCCUCGAGAAUCCCACACAGCAGUAGCUUAUACUGACUCAAGAGGAAAAUGUAAACUUAUCAUUUAUGGUGGUAUGAGCGGGUGUCGACUAGGAGAUCUUUGGACAUUAGAUAUAGAUACUAUGUCAUGGAAUAGACCUAUUGUUUUGGGUCCUAAGCCUUUACCAAGGUCUUUGCAUACAGCUGUGACAAUAAAAAAUAGAAUGUUUGUUUUUGGUGGUUGGGUUCCAUUUGUUGAAGAAGUCAAGUUACCUAUACAUGAAAAAGAAUGGAAAUGUACAAAUCAAUUAGCUUGUUUAAAUUUAGAAACAAUGACGUGGGAAGAAUUGAAUAUGGAUAUGAAUGAAGAUAAUAUGCCUAGAGCUAGAGCGGGUCAUUGUGCUGCAAAUAUACAAACAAGAAUGUAUGUAUGGUCUGGUCGAGAUGGAUAUAGAAAAGCAUGGAAUAAUCAGGUUUGUUGUAAAGAUUUGUGGUAUUUGGAAGUGGACAAACCACAGAAGUGUGCCAAAAAUCAGUUGGUUCGUGCAUCUACUAAUGCUCUAGAAAUUGUAUGGAAUAGUGUACCAACUGCGGACGCUUAUAUUUUACAAAUUCAAAAAUAUGAUCAGCCAGCUGACACUGCAGCCCCAACUCCACCAACAAUGAUUGAUUAUUCAUUGCUACCAUUCUUGACACCGGAAUUGGCUAAGAAAAAUACUGACAAUGAUGAUUGUCAAAUUUUACCUACUACCAGUACUAAAGCUGGUAGUCCUGCCAAACCAAAUCAAAUUAUACAAAUAAUUCCCCAAGGUUCCACUGUUAAUUCCUCUUCUUUAGUUAAAGAUCAACAGUUCACUCCUGUUAUUGCUCAAGCAUCUGGAAACAUGAAAAUUAAAACUGUUCAAAGCACUAAUGUUACACCAUCGUUACCACAAAAUUUUAAGGCUGUAAGUCCUGUAACACCAAAGACACCUGCAUUUGUCAGUUCUCCUUCAAUGGAUAUGUUAUCAGAUGCUGCUAUGCAUACUCUUGCCGCUGCUGCAUCAGCUACUCAAAAGAUCAAAACCACUGUAGUAGUUUCUAAGCAAUCAGAACUUCCAAAACCUGUGAUUAAGACUUCAAGUGCACCAUUUAAAAUUGUUCAAACACAAAGGUCAAUAAAAAAUGUUAUGUCACCUGUAAACACUACAGUGCCACAACAACAAGCAGUUCGUAUAACCGGACCUGCUUUACAGACUUCAGUUGCUGGUACAGUUCUUAAAACUGGAUCUAAUGUUUUUGGAAAGCAAGUGAUUUUUCAAAAGCCUGGUGGUUCACAAUCAAAUUUUGUUACCUUAGUCAAGACCAGUCAAGGUAAUCUCAUACAAGGUAUUCCAGGAAAGAUGAUUGGAACAACUACACCAAAUAAAAAUAUGCAACCAUCUGUUCUAAAGUUUAUCAAUCCUCCAAUAAAUCAACAAAGUAGUCCUAUCAAAUCAAACCAAACUAUGAAAACUGUACCAUUAAAAACAGUUGGUGCAAGACUACCAGUUUCUGCUAAUAAACCAACUAUUGUUAUUCAAAAAGGUAACUCAAAUAGAUCAGCAUCACCACAAAUCAUCAUUGUAACAACUGGUUCGAAUCUCAGGGGCAUACAGACUUUUUCAGCCUCCCAGGCUAAUAUGACUAAUCGCACCAGUGUGAGUAAUGCACCUGUUCAGAUGGUAAUGGUAUCAUCAGGUGGUAAUACACCAACUGGAAGUAAACCUAUUACAAUUACCAUGGCUGGAGCUGGUAAUCGUAAAAUGGUCACCCUAGGUAAAUCAAAUUUGACUGGUAUGACAAUAGGUGGUAAGCCUGUAACCCUUCAAAUGGUUAGUGGUCAAAAUAAUAUGGCUAUCUUAACUUCAAAUUCUGGUGGUAAUGUUGUCCAGCUGAAGAACACAAAUAUUGUAAAUUCACCUAGUACACCUAGAUCUACUGCAAUGAAUUCAAAAGUACCGUCCUCUGUCAAAGUAUCCACUGAUUUACCGGCUAGUACAGAAUCUGCUCUUACUCAAUUAGCCGUGGAAGCAGGUAUCAUUGAUUCAUCUAACAAAAGUACUAACAACAUGGAAGAAUCAACUGAUUAUUGCAAAGACGAUUUGGAAAAUCUGAUUCGGGAAGAAGGAAUUGAGAGUCUAGAUGUUGAUAUGAACAGUGUGGAGGACGCUUCCAGUGUUAUUGACUGAAUAAUUAUUUUUAUUCUAAUGGAUUCAAUAAUUCAUGGCUAAUUUGUUUUAUUUAUAGUAAAUUUUUUAUUUUUCUGCGUAAGCCUGAUUAUUUCAAUUAGUCUAUCCCUAGCCUAUCAAUAAUGUACACUAUAUUUUUCAUAAAUGUUUUUUCUAAUCACAGAAAAAUAUGGGUAGUUGUAAUUUUAUUAUGUAAAUACAAUUUUGUAUAAUAUAUAAGAAAAUAGUAUGGUAAAAAUGUUAAUCUUCAUGAAUUAUUUUGGUUUAUAUGAAACAAUUGAUGUUUUUUUUUAACAUUCAAUAGCCCAAUUUGUUAUCUCUGGUAAAUUAAAGAUUUAAUUAUGGGUAAGUUUUUAUUCUUUGUUUAUAUUUAUAAGUAUUUUGGCUCUGUUUAUGAAUGUUAACUUCAUAAUUUAUGACCUAAUACCUACUUUCAAUGGGUUUAAAAAUGUAUGUAUUUCGUUGACAAAAAUAAAUCACAACCCUCAUAAGGUAUACAUUUUAAUAACCGAAAUUAAGGUAUGGCCAAAAUGUUAGUAUUUACAAAUAUUAGUUCUUAUUUCUCCCAUAUAUUGGCCUAUUUUUAUUUGUAAGUAUUUUGAAAUAUAAUGAAUUUAUGUUAAUUUAAAUACACAUAAUAAGCGGUAUUUACUUAAUUAAUAACAGAAUUGAAUAAUUUUGAGUUAAGUUUAUGUUUUUGCCAUUAUCCUUGUUUCCAAUUCCAAAUUUUAUUUUUAAUUAUUUUGAUAUAAAAUUGAAAUCGGUGAUUAUCUGAAAUUUUUAUUAAAUUGAUAUCGGUUCAUAAAUAUUUUUACUAUGUAAAUCUUUUGUGAUUUCUAAUUACAUAUUACUUGAUAUGUACAGUGUAUUGUUAAAAUUAAAUAAUAAACAAUAUAUUGUCUUAAUAAUAGUAGUUUUUUUUUUCUAAAAGUCGUUUUUUAACUAAAUAUUGAUUAAAUAUUAUUUAUUUUGCCAUGUCUUUGUAGGUAACAAAUAAUAUAUCUGUUAAUAAAUUUGAUGCCACCUUUUAUAAUAGAUUCAUUAUAAUGUUUAGGCGCUUUUCGUAUGCGUGUAACAUUUCUUACUAUUAAAUAUUGCAUUAAGUCACUAUUGGUUAUUUGUCGAAAAUUAUUAGGACAACGAUCGUCCAAGGUAAGAAUCUUACCAAAUCACUAGGGUCGGUCACUUUUAACUACCGGAAAACAAUUCUUAACGCUUAAUUUGGCUUUCAAUAUCUUGAAGCUAGAACUUCUUCUAAAUGUGACUAAACUUAACAACAUUGUAACCAACUCUUCCGGGUGGUUUAGUGUUUUUCGCUGACGUGUCUUAUGAUACUCCAACAAACCGUUGAAAUUGUAUUUCAAAGUUAAGUCGAGAACAACUUAAUAAAUUUGGAUUUCAAUAAAAUUAGAAUAGAUUUGCGCAGGUUAUUUUAAAUUUACCGUUGUAUGAACGUUACUUUAUUAUACUUCUAAUAAGUUAUCAUUACAUUAUAAUAUUAUAAUGUCAUUAAUACCUACAUAAUGUUUCAUAGUGUAUAUUUUGUAUUUAUUACAUUUUUUAUUUUGUUACGCUUAGUACAAUAAUAUAUGUAUUUGUCUUGUGCAAUUAUUAUUCAUUUAUAAUUGUCAUUAACGGAAUUCUGAAUAGAAAUAUGUUCUAUUUACUACUUUAUAUACCUACAAGAUCAAAACUUUUUAGGCGUUUUUUAUCUUUUGAUAUUGUUAGGAUUUAUACUUAUAUGCACAAAAUAAUCAUUAUGUAGUGUGACUUGUGAGUAGUAAGAUAAUGAAGUUCAUAACAACUAAGAAUUAAAUAUAAAACUGCACGCAUAUUAGAUAUCUUAGUUUUUAACACUACUUACCUACUGCAGUGUACUACAAUAUUAUCAAAGUAUUGUAGGUCCGUGCUUGUUUAAUGAGAAAAGGUUCUACUUACGUUUAUAAAAUGUAUAUAUUUUGUUGUAAGCAGUAUAUAUAUAUUUAGGUGCACUAUUUGUGAAAUCUAAAAAAUCUGAAUUUUAGAGGUAAGAUAAAACACUCAGAGCUUGUGUAUAUUAAUAAUUAUAUUUUUUAAAACAAACUUUUUCCUCAAUCGCAAUUGUGUAAUGUAGAUGCCUGUAUAUUGAAUUUUUUUAUACAUAAUUAUUUUUUUUUACUCUUCACGCUUAGUCAUUAAUUUUAUUAAAAUAAAAUUCAACAUGUAAAACCACAGAGGAACAAUGUAUUUAUAAGUCAAUUUUUAGCUACAAGAUUUUGAAUGUUUAAAAUUAUCUCGGGCAUAGAUUGUACAAUCUAUACAAAGUUCUGUCGUAUUUAACUAAUAUUUUUAUUAUUACUAUCAUAUUUUAUUUUAUAACACGUCCACAUUAAUUAGGAGAAUAAUAUUUUAAGACUGAGAGGCGACAUUUAGAAAAGAAAUUGACUUAUAACGUUUUUCCCCUGUAGUGCGUUUUAGAUAUUUUAUAUGUAACUAUGUAAGAACAUAAUUCAUAUUUUCUAAUCAAUGUUAGUAUGUUACCCGUUAAAAUUAAAGUAAAUACCGUGAAUUUGUUGUACUUGUAGUUAUAGUUUUUCAUUAUUUAAGAAAUUAUUUAGGAACUAUCUUUACGAUAUAUAUAUAUAUAUUUUUUGAAACGAUUAAAAACACGAAUAAAUUAUUUUUAAAUAUUA